AUGGAUGCCUUCAAAUUGAUGAAGGAGCUGCGGGCAAACUAUGAGCUAGAGGUCUAUUAUCUCCCCAAGGAGACAGGCCUGAGUCUCAUUGAGUCCACAGAUCAGAACGAUGGGCGGAUCUCAGCCAAGUGCAGGGAUGCCAAAGUUGAGGACCUGUGGAGUCUGACCAGCUUCUUUGGCUAUACCACACAGACGUUCGUCCUGGCUGUUAACCUGCUUGACAGAUUCUUAGCCAUGAUGAGGAUCCAACCGAAACACUUGUCCUGUGUCAGCCUAAGCUGCCUCAACAUGGCCGCCAAAGUGACAGAAGAGGAGUGCAACCUCGCGUCCACGGACGAGCUCAUCCGCAUCGGACAGUGUCGCUUCAGCGUGUCCGACCUGGGUCGCAUGGAGAAGAUCAUCACGGAGAAACUGGACUUCAAGUCGAAAUCCGUCACGGCCUUGACCUUUCUGCACUUGUACCAUAAGAUUGCACUGUCUCACUCCACGGAGAGAAAGGAGAUGUUGAGCCUGGAGAAGCUAGAGGCUCAGCUCAAAGCUUGUCUGUGCCGGAUCUCUUUCUCCAAAGCAAAGCCGUCCGUCCUCGCCUUGUCUCUCUUGAGACAGGAGAUUGAAGCCAUUCAGUCGUUGGACAUGCUGGAAAUAAUUCAUCAUAUCCAAAGACACCUCAAGAUUGCAGACGGUGAACUCCUGCUAUGGCGCGGUCAAGUUGCUCAAUGUCUGUCGGACUACGCCUCGCCAGAGUGCAGCAAACCCAAUCAUAGGAAAUUGCAGUGGAUAGUGUCUCGCCGGACCGCCCAGAACCUGCACAGCAGCUACCGAAGUGUACCCGAACUGCCCACUAUCCCAGAAUGCUGCUGGGAUGAGAGCGAGAGUGAGGACUCUUCCGAGGACAUGAGUUCGGGCGAGGAGUCCCUCAGCAGCUCACUGGGCAGCGAUGGCGAAGGGCCGUUCUUUCCAGCGCAUCUCCGCCGCCAAUACCUCAACGCCUGA